GCGAUGGCUCACGGCUGACCGCAUCCGCGCCGGCUCGGCUCCGAAUAGCUCGUUUGCUCGCUCGCCCACCCGCCCGGCCUCUCCAUCUUGGAAGCGCUUCCCCCCCGAUGGCGUUCAGCACCUCCUGGCAGCUGCUCUCGCCCGUCCAGUGGGCCAAGUGGACCUGGUCGGCCGUGCGAGGCGGAGGACCCCCGGACCCCGAGCGGGAUGCCUUGGACGCCGACGGGGAGAGGGGCCCGGCCGAGGAAGAAGAAGAGGAGGAGGAGGACGAAGACAACACGGCGGCGCAGGCGGAGACCAAGUCGCUGAGUCUCAGUUCGGAUUCAGAAGGCAAUUUUGGGACUCCAGAGGCAGAGACGCCAAUCCACUCCUUGGGGAAAGAAUUGGAAGAGCUGGAUCUGGAACUGGAAGUCGGGCCCCAAGCGUCUCUGGAAGACCAAUUUGUCUCCAAAGUGUUGGAGGAGACAUCAGCUCCUGCAGAGGAUGAAUUACAGACUGACCCUGCAAUCGUGCAAGCCAGUGACCCGUUUAUAUCAAAAGCCCACCUUGGAAUUGAGCAGGGUCCAUCCGUGUCUUCUUCUGCAUUGGAGGCUACGGAGGAAAAUACGGUUCCAGCGAGGCUCAAUCCAGAUCACACUUCGGGCCCGCUAUCCCAAGAGGAGCAAAAGGACAUUUUGAAGGAAAGCCGAGAGAUUCCCAUUCAAGAACCUUCAGAAGUCAAGCCAAGUGUUGAGAACAUUGCUAGCAGCAAGAGCAAGCUCCCGAGGGCGAAACCAAUCGCUCUUCAAAAGAAAAUGGGGGGAGAGAACUCUGAGACUGAAGUGGCCACGGAAAGCCCCCCUAUUCCCAAAGCUACCUACCGCUUUGAUCCGGAGGAAUACAAUGAGACCGUGAACCCAUUUACGAUGGGAGGCUCCAAAUGUUCAAACUCGCCCCCUGCAUCUCAACCAGGUGCUGAUCUUCCCAAUAGUGACCCCAAGCAUCCCAGCUCGGCGGGAGCUGGAGAUUGCAAGACCCGGGCCGUGAAACUAGAGUUCGAUUUUGCCGAAGGAGCGGAAAAUGCCGAGCCCAAGAAGCUUCCGGCAAGAAAAAUGGGAAAGAGGCCUAGCAGUAAAUUGUCUCCUAAGAGACAAAGAGGACCGACCACCCGGCCUGUUGUAGGUCCCGAGGAUGGAGAGAAGAUGAUAGCUCCUGAGGCAUCGGUGGCACCUCUAUCCAAGGUUACCCACGCACUGGACACCAACCAGUGGGAUGAUCCCGCCUUUAACCCCUUUGUGGGCAGCUCCUCUUUGCAGGAUUCUCCCACACUCACAAAACGGUCGUAUCAUUUGGACGUGGGUGACCCUUUCAAGCCGAGCAGCAAGACCUUGUCCAGCGUAGGAGCCGAUUCUUGUCCUUCCGCGGAGAACAGCCUCAACGAGAUCUUGGAGUCGCAAGCCCGAGAGGCCACGGGGGAUGAUUUGAAGACAAGCUUGGCCCCACAGAGCUCCAGAUCACGGCUGAUAACGACUACAGAACAAGUGAAAUUUCUCUGUUUUCUGUUGAGUGGCUGCAAAGUGAGGAAGUAUGAAACUCAUUCCAUGGCGCUGGAUGGUUGCUCUCAGAGUGAAGAGGAGGCAGCUCUUAUUUCCAAAAUCCCAGAUCUUCCCAGUCGAGACGGGCAUGCUACCGAUGAAGAGAAGUUGGCUUCCACCGGUCAAAAGCCAGCUGAGUUGGAGGUAAAAGGUGAGCCCGAGGAAGAACUGGAGUAUUUUGAGUGUUCCAAUGUGACGGUGUCUACCAUAAAUCAUACGUUUUCAUCCCCGGUAGAAGGCUCCGAGAAAGAAUCUCUGUGCAGGCUGGAAGAGAAGAAUAACUCCAGUGAUAUCUCAAGUAAUCUUGAACUAUGUUCUAUGGAAAAGGCUCCUGGAAGUGCACCAGGCAACACGAAAGGAGGGGCUGAAAGUCCCCUGGAUGCCAUUUGCCUCAGUGAAUCUGAUAAGACAGCAGUUCUGACUCUGAUCAGAGAAGAGAUUAUAUCUAAGGAAAUUGAAGCCAACGAGUGGAAGAGAAAAUAUGAAGGAAGUCGACAGGAAGUUUUGGAAAUGAGGAAGAUUGUGGCUGAAUAUGAGAAGACAAUUGCACAGAUGAUAGAGGACGAGCAGAGAAGCAACAUGACGUCCCAGAAGAGUCUCCAGCAGCUGACGAUGGAGAAGGAGCAAGCCUUGUCUGACCUGAAUUCGGUGGAGAGAUCCCUGUCCGAUCUGUUCAGGAGAUAUGAGAACCUCAAAGGAGUCCUGGAAGGUUUCAAAAAGAAUGAAGAGGCCUUGAAGAAGUGUGCUCAGGAUUAUCUCAACCGAGUCAAGCAAGAGGAGCAGCGCUAUCAGGCCUUGAAAAUCCAUGCGGAGGAGAAAUUAGACAAAGCCAAUGAAGAAAUUGCUCAGGUCCGUACUAAGGCCAAAGCUGAGAGUGCAGCUCUCCAUGCUGGACUUCGAAAAGAACAAAUGAAAGUCGAAUCUCUUGAAAGGACCCUCCAGCAGAAGAACCAGGAAAUUGAAGAGUUGACCAAGAUCUGUGAUGAGCUGAUUGCCAAGUUAGGAAAGACCGAUUGAUGACGUUCUUAUCAUCUGGAGCACCAUUCUCGGGUUUUCUCCCUGCUGUCCGUCUGUUAUCUUCCAGCAAGCAUCUUGCCUUAUUUUUUUUUGUCCCAGAAAUAAUCUUUUUCCCUUUUCACGGCAGCAAGAAAAAAGCACAUGCUUUUGUAUCAAAGGUCUGCCAUCUGCAAGAGGAGCAAUGAUUGCCCUGUUCGUACUCAUUUCCUGCCCUUGUAGACCUCUCUUGCCUAUUGAGUAUUUUGCAAGCUCUCCUGACUGCACGAAGCCAAUGAAUAGAAGCAGGGACACGAGUUAGAGAUGGCGAUAGCUUUGCACGAAAGGGUUUCUGCACUUGGGUUGAGGCUUUGGCCCACAGAAGCUGCUGUAUCAGUGCCUCAAGGACAGCUACUUAUGGAAGAGAGGUUUUUUUUGCAGAUGCUUCAGUCUGAAGGCCAAGAAUGCAGCUUAAUUGAAUACAUGUUCCCCUGCAUGCAUUAAUACCAUCCCGGCAAGGACACAAGUGGAGUACGACGGCCUCUAAAAGCACAAGGGGGCAAUCACAAGGCAGGUGCCACUGUUCGUCAAGGGAAAAUGCCCAGAUGAAAAUGGAUUGGCAUUCCUGGCAGCGUGGCGUCUUUGCAAAUUUUUAGUCAGCUACGGAGAAGAAGGAACUCGUCAACGGCAAGGAGCUUGAAGGCCCCUUGAUUCUACAAAAGCGUUGUGAGCUUUUGUAGAUCUGAAAAUACGGGCCACGAGAAAUCCAUAAGCCCUAAAGGCAGCCUUCAUAGCCCUGCGGGGCCACAAGAUGUGAGGAUUUUGAGUUUAGCGGUUAUUCCAGAUGUGGUGCCACCAGCUUCGGGUGUUUGGGAGGCUGGAAUCUGCCAAUCGGAAAAGCACUUGGGACGGGGAAAUUAAUAUAAGGUGCCAUAAGUCUCUUAAAGAGGUAUAGCCAGCUGGAUUGAGAUUUGUCUUAAUGCAGGGGUCUCUAACCUUGGGCAGCUUUAAGCUGGCUGAGGAAUUCUGGGAGUUGAAGCCCACAAGUCUUAAAAGUUGCCAAGGUUGGAGGCCCCUGUCUUAAUGCACUUUAAGGCGAUAGCACGAGUGUAGUAGUCCACAACUCACCCGAAGAGAACACGCACAGAGUGAACUUGAGCGAAGAAGAGCAACUGUUAGAAAUCCCUAAAUACACACACACAAACACACACAGAGAUCAACACACAGACACAGCACGAACACCCACCAACCAUUCCUUGCGCUAGCAGUUUUUCUCUGUCCAGACAAAGGGCAAGGAAUAGGAACACGAUGGAGAGCAACUGAAGAAAUACAAGUCCAACCUCUUUGUGCCAACUGCUGAUGAUUAAACUCCUUCCCGAGCCUCCCCAAGGUUCCCUGAGAAUUUGAUACCAUUUCAAAAUCUAAAAUGAUUUGCAAAGAACAUCCCCCCACUCCUCUCAGUUGAGGUCAUUAAAAUGGAGAUCUGUCCAGGAACUGCAAUUGCCCUGCAAGUUUUACGAUGACCACAAACGUUUUAUCAGCCUCCAGGCUUGAGAUCUUUUCACGUUCUUCGUUUUUUGGGUGGAAGCCACAGUGACAAGUGCAUUAAGGAACUCGCAAAACCGAUACUCAAAGAGGCCCCGAGUUGUCCCAGUCCAGAUGUUGGAGCCAUCAGUCCCAGGAUUGCAAUACAUCUGCAAGGUGCUGUUCGGGAAUGGCUGGUGUGAACAUUUAGUUGUUUCACGUUGGUGUUGGCUUCUUACAUACUCAAGUAAACAGUGGAGUUGUUUUUUUUUUUUCUCUGCCUGCGGGUUCAAAGGUGACCAGAUGCUGAAAUUCGUAGCACACAGAUCCUCCAUCCAAAUUCUGCAUGGAGUUUUGCUGUAGAAAGGGAGUUCCAGAGAUCAGCCCAUUUGUGGGUUGUUGUCUUAGUCACACACGGAGACAAGCCGCACUAGGGAGCUAUCCAAAGCCGGGGAGAAGAGCUCCAUUUCUGGGGUCUUACCAAAACGGUCCAUAUCUCCAUCUUGCAACUCCCAAACAUGUAGCGGGAGCUUCGGGCUACUUUUGCCCAGCUGUUACUCUUCCCUAGUGUUGUGUGACAAUUUCCACAAUUUCUAGUACUGGCUGGAAAUAUUUGGAAUUGUAGUCCAGCACAUCUACAGAGGACCCAGUAAGAAGCUUCUAGUCUUCAGAGAUAAAGAAUGAAAUACAUUUGACCAAUAAUAUAAACCCCUCUAUUUCUGAAGAAGAGGUGCCAUUCUGAGUAGGAACUCCACUUUCAAGCUUGCCCGAAACCUUUCUCUCUUACGAUGUCUCAUGAGGUUAUCUUUCCACUGAAAUUCACCCUCUGCCCUUUGCCACAUCAUUGGUCCACUGAGAUGCUAUCAUUGAACAGAGCUGAGAUACCAUCAAAGGUUUAUGCCAGGCCAAAUUCCUUGGAUCCAGAGCUCUUGGGCUCACGGCAUCUGGUGGAAAAUCACGCUACGGAGUGUUAUGGAAUCUGGCGCUACCGGGGACAGCAUGGGCUUAAAUUGCAUUUCGGAUCUGGAUCUAGGAGCUUUUGUUGGCAUCGCCAAGCAAUAGAUUCUGGCCUGUGGAAUAGCAUUUGGAAGAGCUCUUUUGCGCUAAUUUUGGGAAGGCCUGUUUUUCAGUGUCGAUAAAACGAUGAUCUUGCAAGUGAUCAUUGUUUUAUGGUGUUGCUCGCUUUAUAGCAGCUGUAUUAGCGGCCUCCUUCAGCUGAGUCAGGGAUGGAGAUCUUGUGGCCUUCAAGAGCUUCAAUGGAGUUGGCAUCAACCUCAACUGGUCUGGGAACUGCAUGCACUUCUUGGCUGCAGUUGUCCACCUUUGACUAAAGAAAAGGAGGAAGUAGAAAACGCAAAGUUUGUCCUGCAAGCAAAAUCCUGUGUCUUCUUCCAGAGCUCUGUGGUUUUAACGCCAUCCUCCAGCUGUUGGCUGGAUGUCCAGUGGUUGCACUUUUGUCUGGGGUGUGUUUUGUGCAGGGGGGUGGGCAUGUGUCUUCACAUCCACACUGUGCCAAAUGCUCUCUUGUUUUGUGCCUCAAGCAUGCCACUAAAAAGGGUGGGUAAAGAAGAUUCCUAAGGAAUGAUAUUAUUAACUAUAAUAUGGUUAUUAUAGUUUGUUCGGAUAUGAAAAUUGCGUGCGCGUGCAUGGGGUGUGUAUGUGUAUAAUAUAUAUAUAUAUAUAUAUAAUGAUAUAGUUCUAUAUAGUGCUGGGGUGUGGGUGUGUGAUUGAAGUCUGUAGAACUGUUGCACCUCAUAUAGCAUUGUGUGCUACUCGAAAUGCUACUCGGACUGGGUGCUAAUUCUGUCAAAUCCCCUCCGUCUACAGCCGUACCUUCCACCAAUCUGUAACGUUUCCAAAACCGUUUGAAAGAAGAGCUCUCGGUUUGAUCGCUCGUCCCACGUAGGUGUCCCACACGAUCACUUCUCAGCCAGAAAGAAGCUGCAGGGUUUGUGCAAGCGAACACUCAAUUCGUCCCAUAAUCGUUCACCUUGACUGGAGUCACCCCACCUUACCCUGUUCUUGUUUUUGAGCUGUCUCAAAACACCUUUAAAGAGCUUCGGCCACUUAAAAGCACACAGCUGCAGCCCCAUAACUUGCAAGAGAGAUUAUAGGUUUAAGAUUAUCUCCUCAGUGAAAGUGCUAAUAGAAGAGGUUGCUUAUGUCUACCUGGAACUCUAAACUUCAGAUGUGAAAGGGAGAAGUUUUGAUGGCUUGUUUUUGCCAACUUGGCUUCUUCUAUGUAUCUUGGGACUCCCAGAAUUACACAGCCUUCUAAAGCAGGGAUCUCCAACCUCGGCAACUUUUAAGACUUGUGGACUUCAACUCCCAGAGUUCCUCAACCUGAGGAACUCUGGGAGUUGAAGUCCACAAGUCUUAAAGUUGCCAAGGUUGGAGACCCCUGUUCUAAGCCUUCUAAGUUUUGCAGCCCAGCAUUUCUGAAGGGUGGUUGGUAUUGACCGAAGGCAAGUGUUAAAAUCUGUUUCUACAUGGAAAAGAAUUUGCGGAAGGUAGAACAUCCCCCAAAAUAAUCCACCAUAAAUCUACAGGGCAGGUGGUAUCACAAGGAUAUGUGAGUCAAUGACAUUACCAAGUCAGUCAUAUAUCAAGGAUCAACCCUAGCUUAGGGAAGAAAAAAAAACAGAAACAAAUUCCAUGUAUUAUUUCUUGACAGCUGAUUAUGGUUAGGGGUCCACUUUAAUUUCACAGAUCACAGUGAAUUGAGGUCUAUUUCUUUCUGGCUCUAAGCAUCUCUUCCUUUCUCUCUUUUUUCUUGCAAUCCCCUUUUGCACAAAGGAGUUUGCCUACCCCUAUGAAGCAAGUGACUGCUAUCCGCCUGGGUAAAGACGCUGAGAGCGUUACCUGUGCCCAAAGAUUUCUUUGGUUUCCAUAUCAUCUAGCAAAAAGCUCUCUAGUAUGUGAUCUAAGGCACCCUGCAAACUUUCAUGGAGGGAAGUGGGAAGUCCUUUGUACAGAAGGUAUACCUGACUUGCCAGCUUUACAUAUUUGAUACAUAAAUAUAUAUAUACAGUAUAUGAUAUCCCUUUUCUAAGUCAAGUAAAUAUUUGUAAGAGUUAUACUCCCUCCAGUAAGAUAAAUUGAUUGUUAAUAUAUUUUUCCCCAUCCUCCCCACUGCCUGAAUAAAACCAAUGUUCUUUCAA